UCCUUCCAAAAUGCCACUGUUCCUCUAUCUGGUUUUCUUGGUACAUGGGCUUCAGUGUGCACCACUUAAGAGCUCUGAAGGCAAAGUAACCACCUGUCAUUCCCCCCAACAAAAUGCCACUCUCUAUAAGAUGUCAUCCAUCAAUGCUGACUUUGCAUUCAACCUGUACCGGAGGUUCACUGUGGAGACCCCAGGUCGGAAUAUCUUCUUUUCCCCUGUGAGCAUUUCUGCAGCUUUGGCCAUGCUCUCCCUUGGGGCCUACUCCAGCACCCAAACUCAAAUCCUGGAAAGCUUGGGGUUCAACCUCACAGAUACCCCAACAGCAGAGAUCCAACAGGGCUUCCAGCACCUGAUCUGUUCACUGAAUUUUCCAAAGAAGGAGCUGGAAUUACAGAUGGGAAAUGCCCUCUUCAUUGGGAAGCAGCUGAAACCACUGGCAAAGUUCUUGGAUGAUGUCAAGAGCCUCUUUGAGACUGAAGUCUUUUCUAUCGACUUCUCCAAUGUUUCUGUAGCCCAGCAGGAGAUCAAUAGUCAUGUGGAGAAGCAAACCAAAGGGGACGUCGUGGGCCUCAUCCAAGACCUCAAACCGAACACAAUCAUGAUCCUGGUGAACUAUAUUCACUUUAAAGCCCAGUGGGCAAAUCCUUUUGAUCCAUCCAAAACAGAAGAAGGUUCCAGCUUUUUAGUGGACAAGACCACCAUGGUUCAUGUGCCCAUGAUGCAUCAGAUGGAACAAUACUAUCACUUGGUGGAUACAGAGUUGAAUUGCACAGUGUUGCAAAUGGACUACAGCAAGAAUGCUCUGGCACUCUUUGUCCUUCCCAAAGAGGGCCAGAUGGAGUGGGUUGAAGGGGCCAUGUCAUCUAAGAUAUUGAAGAAAUGGAACCGCUUACUGCAGAAGGGGUGGAUUGAUGUAUUUGUUCCAAAGUUCUCCAUCUCUGCCACAUACGAGCUUGGCACCAUCCUACUGAAGAUGGGUAUCCAGGAUGCCUUUGCUGACAAUGCUGAUUUUCCUGGAUUCACAGAAGACAAUGGCCUUAAACUUUCCAAUGCUGCCCACAAAUCUGCGCUGCAUGUUGGUGAAAAGGGCACCGAAGCUGUAGCUGUCCCUGAAGUUAGAUUCCUGGAUCAGCCUGAGAUAACUCUCCUUCACCCUAUCAUCCAGUUUGAUAGGUCUUUUCUGUUAUUGAUUUUGGAAAAAAGCACCAGGAGCAUUCUCUUUCUAGGGAAAGUUGUGGAUCCAACAGAAGUGUAGUUGGGAAAGAUGUUGGCUAAUUGCAUGUGCUUAUUGCAAUGGGAAAUAAAUAAAUAGCAUAGCCUG